AUGUUACAUCAAGGAAUAAUACUACGAGAAGGACAUGUUACGCGUACCAUUUAUAAUUUGAUAAAGGACAAGCGUUACGAUGAUGUAAUCGAGUGCAUGGUCAAUUUUGGCGAAGCAGCCAACACCAGAGCUGGUCUUUCCACAUUGGGCUACUGCUACUAUCACGCGCAGAAAUACGAGGAGGCUGCAACUUGCUAUGAGCAAUUGUGUACGCUGGAGCCGAAGGAAGCGAAAUAUAAAUUUUACUACGCGCAGUCCUUGUACCAGGCAGGUAUUUUCAGCGAUGCUUUGCGCGCAUUAAAACAAAUCAGCGACCACGAGGGACUGCGGGAGUCCUGCCUGCAAUUGCAAAGUGCCAUACUCUACUCAAGUGAGGACUUUGCGGGCGCACAGAGUAUAUUGAAUCAACGUGGGACUGGCAAUGCGGACACACUCAACGAUGAGGGUUGCCUACUCUUUCACGCCGACCAAUACGAGAAUGCUGUGCAACGCUUCUCGAACGCCUUAAAAGUGGGCGGUUUUAAUCCGCUAGUGGCUUACAAUUUAGCGUUGUCGCACUAUCACAAAAAGGAGAAGACGCAAGCCAUUGAGUAUACUUCGGAGAUUGUGGACCGUGGCAUACGCAAUCAUCCGGAGUUGGGCAUUGGCGCACAAAUCGAUACGGAUGGCAGUGCACGCAGUGUGGGAAAUCCAAUUACCAUGGCCAUAUCCGGCAUAACACAAGCGCUGAAUUUGAAAGCGGCUAUCGAGUAUCAGGAUGGCAAUACUGAUGCCGCACAUGAUGCGCUUUUAGAUUUGCCACCACGUUCUGAGAGUGAGCUAGAUCCGGUUACGUUGCAUAAUAUGGCGCUGACUGAUCCCAAGGGCGCUGUGGCUGGUUUGCGUAAAUUAGCAUUCCUACUGCAACUCGGACCGCCCGCCUGUCCGAAGGAGACGUUCGCCAACAUUUUAUUAAUUUGCUGUAAGAACGAGAUGUACGAAAUGGCAGCGGAUAUACUAGCGGAGCAUACAGAUCUGACCUAUAAGUAUCUGUCGCAGUACCUCUACGAGCUGUUAGAUGCCUUGAUAACCGCGCAAACUUCCCCGGAAUUGGCGGAGAAGAAACUAGGCGUACUAGCGUCUAGCUUGGCUGGUAAGCUACGCAGUCUGGCCGCUAAAGUGCAAGAGAUGCGCGGCACUACCGAUCAGACGGCACUGCGCAGCGCUUUGCAGGACUACGAGAAUGCUUUGGAACUUUAUAUGCCCGUUGUAUUGGCGCGCGCUUGGAUUUACUGGCGCGACGAUGACUUUGUGGGCGCGGAGCGUGAGUUUCGCGCAAGCGCUGAAUUCUGUUCGGAGAACUCUGUAUGGCGUCUCAAUGCCGGCCAUGUGCUCUUCAUGCAAGGCGACAAGUACAAGGAGUCGGCUGCCUUCUAUGAGCCUAUCGUACGCCAGCACAAUGAUGAUAUAAUGUCCGUACCAGCCGCCGUGUUGGCUAAUCUGUGCGUCUCCUACAUCAUGACCUUUCAAAAUGAGGAAGCCGAGGAAUUGAUGCGCAAAGUAGAGAAGGCUGAGGAGUUAAAGGGCAAUACGGGCAAGCAGUAUCAUCAUUUGUGUAUUGUCAAUUUGGUUGUAGGCACCCUUUAUUGCGCCAAAUCCAAUUAUGAAUUCGGUUUGUCGCGCAUCGCACACGCACUCGAGGGUGGUAAUGGUGCGCGGCUCUAUGCCGAUACUUGGCUGCAUGUGAAGCGCUGCGUGUUGGGACUGCUGACAGGUAUGGCGAAGCAGAAUAUUAUUUUACCAUAUCCGGCUGUGCAGGAAGUGAUGAAUUUCUUGAAAACUUGUGAAGUUUACGGCCUCUUCACGCCCGCAAAUAUUUACACUGCCGCUGAUGAAGUGCCCGCAGAUCCAUUGACCAUCGGCUUGGAGGCCCGAAAGCUGCGGUUAUUACUUAUCAAACUCAGCGAGUAUGAACAUUGAAUUGUCAAUAUAAUAAGGAAUUUUUUAUGAACUUCUACAAGAACGUUUAUUAUUUGUAUUUAUAUGUAGUUUCACAUAAAAUAUCAAUGUAUGUAUGUACGAGUAUAAUUUAACGAUUACAUUACAAAAUAUACGUGAAAAUUAAA